AGUAAUGAUAAUAAUAAAUGAGAAUGCAUGACAGGGCCACACUUUCACCAAAAAAGGAGAGAAGCUCCCUCUCUCCCCACCUCCCCCUCUCUGUCAGGUGGAAGGCUCACCUCUCUGGUCAUGUGACGUCUCAUUGAGCUAAAGGUGGACUGCUUUGUGCCUCGCCGACUCUAAUGUCACUUCCUCCCUCAGAGUGCCAGCCUGUGGAGCUUUCCCUGCCCUCUGCGAGUCUACUGGGGAAAAAUAAGUCAUUUUCCUCCCAACAUGUCUAUCAGUCGGAAAAACUGGUCCGCUCUGUCCAGGCUUGCCCGUCAGUGGACGGUGGAAGAUGAGGAGGAGGUGGAGAGGGAGAGGAGAAGGAGGGUGAAGAGCAGCAGUACUGCUGAUCAAGAUGGGGACUCCAGCCCAACAGAAGGAACACCAUCCGCAAGAGGCGGCGCCUUAGGAGCUGAAUCUUCCAGUGAGACAGCUCAAGGCCUCAGCAGCGUUGAGCAGAUCCAGCUGGACUUUGUGGAGAUGCUGCGAGCACGCGAUGAAAAACGCAGGAUGAGACACGUGGAGGUAUUGAGGCAGCAGAAAGAGGAAGAGGAGGGUAAUUCGAAGGCAACCAGAGGGGAAGAAGGAGAGGGAAAUGCCAGGGUGGCACUUUUUGGGGAGUUGGAAGAGGGGAAGGGCAGUGUGUUCAAACCACAGCCGCCGCCUAUAACAUCGUCUUACAGUCCCACCAGCAGGGGUGACAGCAGUACCAGAACUAGCAGUGCAAAAACACAACAUGACAAUGGAGAGUCGGCGAGCAGCGAGCCUACACCUGAAUCCAAACCAGCCUCCAGACCAGCUCGCAAGUUUGUCAGCUCUUUGUCCAUUUCCCUUGACAACAGUCCAUCAGGCCAUACAACUCCCAGGAGUCCUUGUUCUCCGUCAGCGCCCUUGUCUCCCAUGGAUCCCUUUCCCUCACCCUGCCAAAGUACAUCCUCUCAUGGAUCUCAAAGUCCUGUCCAGAAUGGACAUGCACAGGAGAUCAGUUCGAAUGGAUCUCCAAGCAUCGGAAACUUUGAACAAGCAACCAAACCUGCCUUCGUCAGACAGAGCUCAAGGACCAUAUCUUUCAGGAUGAUGAAAAAGAAGGAAGAGGACAGCAAGCCACUCCAGAGGAGUGCAAGUGUCCGGAUUGCCUCCAAGAAGUUUGAGACAAAGACAGACCAAAAUGAAGAGGAGGAUAAGGGAUCUUUCCAGAGAAACUCUAGACAGAGGGUCUCGUCCAGAUCUAUCAAGGAGAAGAUGGAGCAGCUUGCUCAGGCAGCACAGAAAUCUGAAGUGCCCCGCUCAGCGGAUGUGACCCAGAGGACCCUGUUCCUGCUGGAGGAGGUCUCAAGGAAAAGAGGCCUGUUUGAGAAGGAUCAGAAGGAACAGAGCUCCACCAGCCCAGGAGUUUCCAGAAGUGAAUUUAGGAGUUUCGCAUCGGGGAUGUCAGAUCGGAUCAACACCUGGCUCAAUAAGUCCAACCAACCAGGGUCUCCACUUAGUCCUGACCUGAGACAUGUGGACAUCAGCAGCAAGAGGAGCCUCUUUGAGAACCGAGGGGAGGAAAGCGUCUCAAAAAUCAGCCCUGGAAAAACCCAGAAGUGAACACUCCUCUGGAGGAAAGGCAACAUUUUGGAUGACCGAACACUACAACUGACCUUUCCCUUCUUUUUUUCUUUCUUUUUUUUUUUUCACUCCUGAAGUACAUGACGGAAAACAAACGGAGAGAGUCUUUCAUAGAAGGAUCCUUCUUUUCCACUUAUUUGGCUUCUAUCUGACACUUUUGCAUUGCUUAUUUGUGUAAGAUUUUUUUUUUUUUUUUUUGCAUAAUAAAAUAAGAUAAAUAUGCUUGGCUGAUGUUUAACAAGUAAAGACAUAGGUUUAGAAAAUCUCAUGUGGCAAAGUGAGAGCAGCGCCACUGGUUGAGAUUCCGCAGCUGUUUGCCUUACUUUUAAUUCAUUUUUUCAAGCACUUUAAACCCGGGGAGGUCUUCAGGCUAAUGAUGUUUAUUGAACGCCAGAGUUGUAAUUUAAAGAGUUUUUGCCUUUUUCUUAUAUUUGGACUUGUGGAUCAAUUCUGCCUGUCUGAUAAAUAAAAAAUAAAAAAAAAAUAAAAAGAUUUUCCUACAA